AUGGCAAAACAAAUGAUCACUGCGAUUCUUAUUAUGCUUUUGUGCACAAUGUACAUCCAUUGUCAAAACCCCAAUGGCACCAUCUCAUGUCUGCACUCGGGUUAUGCUCAUUCCUGUGCAUCAGCUUCUUGUCCGGCGGUGGAUAGUGUUUUUCGUAAAUACGUUUAUGUUUCCGAUUGUUAUGUUAUCGGAACACCAACAACCCGUGGAGAACGUACUAGUGCUACAUGGUAUCAUUUUUAUCUAACGAAUGAAUGUGAUCGUGGUGGAGCAUUUCUUUGUCUUGAUUGGCGUGAAAUAUGUGAUGGUCGAAUUGAUUGUUUAAAUGGUGGUGUUGAUGAAGCAGAUUGCUUCGAAUUAGAAACGAAUGAAUGCAAAUCAGAUGAAUAUCGAUGUCAUAAUGGACAAUGUAUACCGGAAUAUUAUUGGAAAGAUGCACAGUUUUCUCCGACAUGCCUUGAUUAUUCAGAUUUUUCCAAUAAGAUUUCUUGCCCGAAUCAAAAUUUGACAGUUUAUUUAUUUAAUUGUGAAGAAAACAUAUGUCCAGCUGGUCAAAACAAAUUCUCAUGUGGAGAUGGAGAGUGUGUUGAUGAUUUUGAUGAAUGUAUUAAUGGAAAACAUCUUAUGUUAUACAAAUCAUUGACUAUUCAAGGUAAUUUAUCAUAUCCGUGUUGGUUAGCCAUGGUUUGUUUAAGUAAAUUAAUUCAACAAAUCAAUCAAUCGUUAUGUAAUGAAUUCUUUCAAUCUUCUUCCAUACGUUUUUCUCUUUAUACAUGUGAUGAUCUCUUUCAAUUUCCUAUCAAUCCUGUUCUUUUUGGUCAUGUUCAUUUUCUCUAUGAACCACAACAAAUGUUGGAAGUAAAUACUCAUUCAAUUCUAUUACCAAGUUAUAUUUGCUAUGAUGAACAAUUAUGUAUGUAUCUUUUACCAACAUUUCGUUUUAAAUCACAUGCAUGUCGUUCUGCUUAUCAAAUGGGACUAAAAUCCAUCAAUGAAUAUUCUACUUGGAAAGAAAUGAUUGAUGUUAUUAAACCUUUUUUUUCUGGUUGUACCAGUCGAUAUAUCACUCAACUCUAUUCGAAUGAUUCAUCAUUGUAUCAAUGUCGAAAUUCUUCUAAAUAUAUUUCAAAACAUCGGAUUGCUGAUGAUAUCAUUGAUUGUUAUUUAAAAGAUGAUGAAGAAGAUUUACAACUAAGUUGUUCACUUCAUGAUUCUCGUCGUUUUACGUGUCCCAAUGAAGUUCGAUGUCGAUCACCAAUACUUCAAUCAUCUGCUUGUUUAUCUUCAGAGAACGAAAGAAAAACUAUUGAUAAUAUUUUGUUUAAUCAAAUAUGUGAUGGAGUCAUUGAUAUUUCACCCGAAUUUAUUCAUGGAAAAAAUCAUACCGAUGAAACUAAUUGUGAAUAUUGGCCUUGUAAUAAUAUUUAUACCAGAUGUGAUGGAAUGUGGAGUUGUCAAAAUGGUGAAGAUGAAGAGAAUUGUCGACCAUCGAACUGUCCUCGUCAUUUUUUUCAAUGUGUAUCACCACAUACUUACACAACGAUAUGUUUAACAGCACAUGAAGUUAGAAAUGGUAUUAUUAAUUGUCUUGGUGGAUUAGAUGAACUUCAGUUAUGUCAAUCAGUGAAUUACUAUAGUGGAAUCUCAUAUGGUUUUCGUUGUUUAUAUGAUGCAAAAUGUAUUGAAUCUUUUAUAUUAUGUAAUUCAAAUGAUGAAAUAUUCUUCGAAGAAGUAUGUGAUGAAUGGAAUUAUUAUAAUCUAUCUGAUCUGCAAAAUAUACUUUGCUAUCCUGAUGGAUUACAUCGUAGUUCAUUCACAUUGGAAACAAUUGAAUCGUAUCCAUUCAUUGGAAAUAAAAUAGCCAGUUCGGUUGUUGAUUCUAUACAAAACUUCCCACAUAAUUCUCUUUCAUCAUUGCAAUGUACACGUGGUAUACUUGUAUAUGUUUGGUUAGGAAAUGAUAAUUAUACUUCAAUUUGUAUGUGUCCACCAAAUUAUUAUGGUAAUCAAUGUCAAUAUCAAAAUCAACGUGUAAGUCUGUCAUUAACAUUAUUAACCAUAAAUAUGUAUCAUAUCUAUGCUGUCUUUGUCAAAUUAAUUGAAGAUGAUAAUCAUCAGCAAGAAAUACAAUCUUGGGAACAAAUUACUUUCACUUCACAAACAUCAUGUAGUCAACUAUUUGAAAGAUAUUUUCUAUAUUCAACAAGACCGAAGAAUAUUUCAAAAAAUUAUAGUCUCCAUAUUGAUGUUUAUCAUAAAAGUUCGUUGGAAUAUAUCGCUAGUUGGUAUUCGAAAAUUUCAUUCAAUUUUUUACCAGUGAAUCGAAUCGCUACUGUAUUAACUUUAGGAUCAGAUCAAACUAUUCAUGUUGGUUUCUGUUUUCCUAAAUGUGAACAUGGUACUUGUAUAAAAUAUACUAAUGAAGAAAAAUUCUUUUGUCAAUGUCACCGAGGUUGGACUGGUGCUCAAUGUCAUAUACUUAUUAAUUGUAAUGAUUGUUCAUCCGAUUCAAUUUGUACUGGUUAUAGUCAUAAUCGAUCAAUUUGUAUUUGUCCACUUGAAAAAUUUGGUAAUCGUUGUUUGCUCAAACAUUCAUGUCCGAUUAAUUAUUGUCAAAAUAAUGGCCUGUGCAUCGUUGCUGGUGGACAAUUUGGUGAAAAUAAUUAUAAAUGCGUAUGUCCAGAAGAAUUUUACGGACAACAAUGUGAACAUGUAUAUGCACGAUUAUAUAUUAAACUUAAUAUUAGAGAAAUGUCAUCUUAUUUAAUAGGAUAUAUUUAUUCAUUUAAUUCUUUAGAGCCGCCAAUAAUAGAUGUUAUAGUACUUAAAAAAUUAACUCAGAUGCAGAACAAUAUUACACUAUAUUCACAAUAUCCAUAUCAAAUUGUAUUUAUUUGGAUCAAUCAUAAAUAUUUUUUAGCUGUUCUUCAGCAUACGGGUAUUUUCAAUGUUUCAACUGCAAUUGAUUCAACACGACAAUGUCCUUCCGUUAAUAAACUUCUCAAUACGAAACAAAAGAAAUUAUCUCGAACUGAACAAAUCAAAUAUUAUCAUACUCUGUGCCAUAAUUAUCUUCAUUUGAAAUGUUUCUUUGAUGAAUAUUAUAUGUGUUUAUGUACAACAGCACAUUAUGCUAAUUGUUUUGUCUUUAAUCAUAAAUAUAAAUUUCAAUGUCAAGAAAAUGUUCAUUGUCUUAAUGAUGGACAAUGUUUACAAGAUGAUCCAAUGUGUCCUGUAACAACAAUAUGUGAAUGUAUUGAUUGUUUUUUUGGUGAUCGAUGUCAAUUUUAUGCGAAAGGAAUUGGAUUAACACUUGAUGAUCUUUUUCGUUAUCAAAUUCGACCAAAUGUUUAUCUCAUUGAUCAAUCAGAAACAAUCAAAAUCAGUUUAGUUUUCACAAUAAUUUUAUUUCUCAUAGGUUUAAUCAAUAGUAUUCUUUCAUUUAUGACAUUUUGUCGUAAAGAAUGUCGUAAAAUUGGAUGUGGAAUCUAUCUUUUAUCAAUUUCGAUUAUUUCUUUACUGACUCUCAUUAUGUUAAUGAUAAAAUUUUGGUUUAUUUUACUUACACAAAUGAAUUUAUCGACAAAUCAUUCUGUUCUUCGAUAUGGUUGUUGGUUACUUGAACCUUUACUUAAAGUUUUCUCAUGGACAAAUAAUUGGUUAAAUGCUUGUGUAUCAUUAGAACGUGCAAUGAAUGCUUUGAAAGCACUUUCUUUCAAAAAAUUGAUCAGUAUUAAAACUGCUCGUAUAAUUGUUAUUAUUUUACCAGUAAUAAUUAUGAGUUCGAAUAUUUAUGAAUGUCUUUCUCGCGAUCUCUUUUAUGAUGUUGAAGAAAAUCGUGUUUCUUGUGUUACUUCAUAUUCAUCAUCUCUAUAUACCUUUACAACAAUUAUUCUCUUUGUACAUGUGCUUGGACCGUUCUGUAUCAACUUCUUCUCAGCUCUUUAUAUUAUAUAUGUAAUGUCUCAUAAUAAGGCAGCAGUUCGAAAACAUAAAGAUACCCGUCAACAUUUUCGAGAACAAUUUUCUCAACAUAAAUCUAUACUGAUUAGUCCAUUGCUUUUCGUUAUUGCUGCAUUACCUUUUAUUUCAAUUUCAUUAUUAUUUCGAUGUGUAAAAGCAUCUCAAAGCUCGUGGCUAUAUGUUUUAAGUUACUACACUUCAUUUAUUCAUUCGACAUUAACAUUUGUGGUUUAUGUUCUUCCAUCAACAAUGUACAAAAAAGAAUUUUAUAAAUCAGUGUCAAAUUGUCGACAAAUAUUCUGUAGAAAGUGUCAAUUUGGUAGAAAACAACGUUGGAAAUGA